AUGACCAUUGACGCAGCAUCUCCAGCGAAGCCUGCGCCAGCGCAGCCGGCGCUCACGCCGCGCCCCUCCAUCCUCAACCACCGCAACCCGGCCACCAUCGAGGCCUUCUUCGCCUCCCCGACCCAGCGGCACAUCAGGCGGCCAUACACGGCACAGCAGGUGGCUGAGCUGCGCGAUGUCCUCCCGCCCACGCAGAGCAACGCGAUGCCGCUCCGGCUGCGCGAGAUCCUCGAGGCGCACAAGCAGCAGCGCACGGGCGCGACCGUCGUCGGCGUCGCGGACGCAGUCACUCUCGACGGGGUGACCAAGGCCGGCGCGCAGAUCGCGUAUGUGUCCGGCGCCGCGCUGAGCUUUGCCGACUCUGCGGCGCCGGGCGCCGACUUGUCGGACUACACCUACGACACGGUGGCCAAGAAGGUCGAGACACUCGUCCGCUCCCAGCUCCUCCAUGGACGGCUGUACCGCCGCCUUGCCCUGCGUCCAGAGUUUGAGGGCCGCGGUUUCGUUGACCCGCUCAUCCCGCUCAUCGCCGACGCCGACUCGGGCUUCGGGCUCCACUCGACAGUCAUGAAGGCGACCAAGCAGCUCGUCGAGGCCGGCGGGUCAGGCUUCCACAUCGACGACCUCGUGUCCGGGUCGAAGCGUUUCGACCACUCCGGCGGGGUCGGCGCCGUCGUCGUCCCGUUUAGCGAGUACGCGCGCCGCCUCUCGGCGUCCAAGCUGCAGCUUGACAUCCUCGCGUCCGAGGCCGUGCUCAUCGCGCGGACGGACACAAUCGACGCAACGCACAUCACGAGCACGAUCGACGGCGCCGACACGCCGUACAUCCUCGGCGCGACGAUCCCGCAGGUCGAGAGCUACGCGUGCGCCACGCUGAACGGGACCCCGGGGGCCGGCGAGACGUGGGUCAAGAAUGCGCGUCUGCGGACGCUCCGCGAGGCGUUCGACGAGCUCGCCGACGAGGCGGCGAGGGGGAAGUUUGCAGAGCAGAGCAAGGGCCUCAACGUCGCCGACGCGAAGCGCGUCGCUGACGUCUUGCUGGGCAAGCUGGGCCCGCUGGCAUGGGACCCAGAGAGCCCACGCACUUACCAGGGCUGGUACCGUUACCGCGGCAGCCUUGACGCCGCGAUCGACCGCGCGACGCGCGCGGCGCCGCUCGCCGACGUGCUCUGGUACUGCACGUUCGGGUACACGCUCGCCAAUGCGGCGCGGUUCGCGGACGAGGUGUUGGGUGCGCACCCCGACAAGUACUUGAUGUUCAACACGAGCCAGACCAGGCGCGAGUGGCUCGAGCAGUCCGACGAGGAGCUCGCAAAGCUGCCACAACGUAUCGGUGCCCUAGGGUACGUCCUCACCAUCCUCCCCCUUGCAGGCCAAAUCUCCGCCGCCCUCGGCGCCGUGCGUGGAGCGCGCGCCGUGCUCGACGGCGGCGUGAGAGGCCUGUUCGACGGCGUGAUCACGCCGUAUGGGGCUGAGAGCGCUGGCGGCCCGCUCGUAAGCGACUGGUACGGGCACAUGGGCACGCUGGCCGACUAUGCGAUGGACGUGAUUGGCGACGGCGUGGGGGUCGGGGUGGCCGCGCCGUCGACGGCCGCGUCGACCGCGUCCACGGCCACCAUCGCGACGCCGAGCACGAGCCAGUUCGCGUCCCGCCCUUCUAUCGCGACGACGGUCGGCGCCGCGGGCCGCUGGCAGCCUGGCCCGGUGGGAUACAAGAAGUGGAAGAACAUUGUGGUCAUUGGGGCCUCGGUCGCGGGCCACUCGUUCGUCAACGCGCUCGCCAACAACCUCCCCAUGUCGCACCGCAUCAUCCUGAUUGAGCGCAACGAGUUUGUGCAGCACGCGCCGAUUGUCGUGCGCGCGUUGGUCGUGCCGGGCUGGGAGAGCAAGAACUUCACCGCGCCAGUGACCCAGGAGACCAUGUUCCCCGCCAACUCGCGCCACCGCGUGCUCUGCCCCAACGCCGUCGUGGCGCUCAAGCGCAACCACGUCUGGCUAGAGCGCGAGUUUGAGGGCGAGAUGGAGAUCGAGUUUGAGCGCUGCAUCAUCGCGACGGGCGCCCAGUCGCCCGCGCCCAUCCGGCCUGCACCCGGCGCGAGCAUGGGCGAGUGGAUGGCGGGGCUGCGCAAGACGCAGCACGACAUCAAGCAUGCCGAGAGCGUGUUGAUUGAGAUCAACGAGACAUACCCGCGCAAAAAAGUCACCAUCGUGCACUGGGACGUCGGCCUGCUGCACCCGUCCGACUCGGGCGGGAACACGAAGCACACGUACGUGCCGCCGAAAACCUCGUCCAAGCUGUCCACCGCGCUGCAGAAGCAGCUCGCCGACCGCGGCGUGGACAUCAUCCUGUGCGACCGGGUCGACUUCAAGUCGGGCUCGUGGGGCGGCACGCCGGGCCUGCUCGAGCGGAUGCACGCCAUCCCGCUCGUGUCGGGGAAGACGAUCGACGCAGACUACGUGUUCAACUCGACGGGCAACAAGCCCAACGCGCGCCUCGUGGCCGAGGGCGACCCCGACGCGCUCACUACGAACGGGUAUAUCUCGGUCGACGAGUUCUUCCGCGUGCGCGGCUCCCCGCGCUCGCCGCUCACAGGCGCGUACUACGCCAUCGGGGACUGUGCCAACAGCCCGAGCUGGAAGACGGGCGUCGCGGCCGCCGCGGAGGGCGUCGCGCUCGCCGGCAUUAUUGACGCCCUGAUAAGAGGGAACAAGCCCAAGCCGUACACCCCCAGCAGGGGCAUGCGCGACUCGACCGUCCUGCUAGGCAGCAAAGGCGGCGCGGCGGUCCUCCGUAUCCCGUGGAUCGGAUCCAUCCGCGCCCCCGACUUCAUUGUUGAAGGCAAGAGCCAGGACUUUUGGGCCGGCAAGAACUUCUUCGCGCGCUUCCAUGGCACGCGGCGCGUCGCGGCGUUCUCAUAGACGACGUGGCGAAGCUGUAGAUAUACUCGACUCGACUUGGCUAAUGUUUGUGCUUUUCUUGGGAUCAUGCAUCUGUACUCUGG